AUGGAGUUCAACCGGAGCCAGGCGGCUGGUAAUGGCAAGUAUGUGGAGCUUUUCGCUCAAAGCUACAGCGGCCCUGUGCCGAAACCCCUGCCACCCUGCACUGAGCCCACACCAGACGAGCAAUACCGUCAGCUCAUGGAAGAGAAAAAAAAUGAAAUUGGGGAACGCGAGCAGCGCCAUGCGGAGAAUACGGCUGGUGCGUCAGGCAGUAACGUUGACUCGUCCAAUGUUGUUGGAUUGUUUUCCAACGCCGCCACAAAACUCCGAAAUGUUGCACAGCAGGUGACGCUCAAGAUAGAGCGUGCAAGUACGGAGGUGUCAAGUGCGACGGGUGCCGCAGUGCGGCAAGUGGAACGGCAGCUCAAUGUUGACCGUUUUCUCAGCAACUUUCCGGAGCUUGGCGCAAUGGGGGAGAUACUGUUGGCGGACUACGCAUGUACGGCGAUAAACGGAGGGCAGCGCGUGAGUGGUCACAUGCACAUCACCAAAAAUUAUCUCUGCUUCAGCGCGCCAGGCUCGUCGGUGAUUAAUCAGUUGGCCACUGCAGUGUUAAAGGAGAGCGGUGUCGGUUCCGACAACAACCCCGUGUUGGGCAUUCGUCAGAUUAUUCCACUUACUGAAAUUGCCUGCAUUUUGCUCUCCGUCGCUCUUGAGACGGUGGACCAUCGGCCUCCGUUUUUCCUGCCGCUUCCUGCCUCAUACGUGCGGCCCACAGGCCUGCAAAUAUACACAACAAAGCAACAACUUUUUCAGUUCCUUGCCUUUGAGAGUAUUGCAGCAAAGGCCGGGUCUGUUUUCACAGACGCCGUAAAAGGCCUCCCAAUUCAGCGCGCGUACAAUUACUUGGACCAUGCGUGGCGUGCCUCGACCUCCGUGCCGCUUCCAGGCGUGAACUACGCAAGUUGA